GUAGUUUCCGGUACAACUCUGACUUUUUCUGGCUAGAUUGACGCAGCUCAUUAACUGCUGCUGGUUGCUAGACGACUCAAUCUGCAACACUGAUGUGAAAACAGUAACCUCUACAUGGAAAGAAAACAACCUUUUAACGGAUGUAAGGAAGCUAUGGUCAACAGUGUCUGUCACCGCAUCACCGGCUUAUUACGUGGAGAAUCCGCUGUGUUGGGGACGAGAAUCCGAGUUGUAGCAUUGCUAACGUCUCUUUUGUUGCCCCAUGUUUUUACUACAAGUAAGAGGGGCAACCUGAAGUUCGCUUUUUGACUUGGAAAAAAAUGAAAAGAUUACACACGGAGAAAGUCAAGUUUUCCAACUUAACGUAACGUUUGCUUACCAGCUAUGUUUAAUGCAACUGCUAAGAUGUCUCUGGAGGCGAGUGAUGUUCAAACAGAUGAAGACUAUGAGGAGCUGGUUGAGGAUGGCUUCUCUUUCUCUGCUGAUAUUUUGGAAAAGAGAUCAAGGAGGAAGAGAUCUUCUGGCAAGCCUCCUCCUUCUCCAAUACGUAUAUGUGUAGGGUCUCCAUACCUCUCCAGUCUGAGUGUGAACCCCAGAAGGGUAGCAGUGGCGGCCUGGAGACUGCCGAGGGCCUCCCUGGGGGACACCAGAGGGGACACACCUGGGGAGAUUGGCUCAGCUCGCCUCACAUCCCUCAGCAACGGCCAUGAUGUGUCCCAGACGCAGAGAUCAGAGUGCGAUGUCACGCCAGAGCUCCUCAAACAGACUUUGAGCACGAGGAAACACAAACAUCUCCACUCUGGAUCCAAUGGCUUCGCCUUCAGCACAGGUGACCACAGAGAGAAGGAGGACAUGUACGAUGAGAUUAUUCGCCUCAAGAAGAGUCUCCAGGCACAGAAGUCUGACAACCAGCAAAUGAAAGCCAAACUGCGCCGCCUGGAGGAAGAUAACGCUAAAAGAGAGAAACAGAUAGAAGAACUGUUGGAUCCCACUAAAGGAUCUGAAUAUACUCGUAGUUUGGUGGAUAAGAAAAAAGAAGGGAGUAUUGUUCUCAAUGGGCUGAAACAGAGAAUCCUGAAGCUGGAGCAGCAGUGUAGAGAGAAAGAAAAUGCCCUUAGUAAACUACAAAGUGAGCUGAGGACCACCAACCUGGAGGAGCUGAAGAUCACAGUAGAAACCUACUAUGAAGAGAUCCAGAGGCUGAGGGUGCUUCUAGAAGCUACAGAGAAAAGUAGUCGAGCAGAGAGUAAAUGCUCCCAGAGGCAGCAGAAAGCUUUAAGCUCCACGGUUCAUCGUCUGUCUGAGAACCUGAAGCAGCUCCAACAGGAGAACACAGCGCUCAGAGAGGAGCUCAACACUGACAGUCCUGCAGGAGGAAUCAAAGGUUACAGAGAGUGGAGUAAACAGAGACUGUUGAGAAGGCUGUUGGAAGUGGAGAAGAGGCUGGAGGACAGCAGAAGACACGGCAAGUCAGCAAAGAGCAGUGGCCGAUUGGAUCAGGAGGUCCAGGCCACACCCACUGAGAUUCUGGGGUUUACCAUGGCAACAGAGGCAGUGGUCUCUGUGGGAACUAUCACUGAGGAAGAGGAGGAGGUUUCUGAACUGAGAGAAGGCCUCAGCCAAUUGGAGAAGGAGAAGGUGGAGCUUCAAGAGAUGCUGUCAAGUAAAGAUGAUGAACUGAGACAGUUGAGGACAGAAAGAGAAGAAUUGGAGAAAGAGACAGAUCGAUGGAAAGCUGAACAGACAAAAGAAUGGGACAAAGAGAGACAGCAGCAUAAACAGGAGUUGGACCAGUUGUGGGCGAGGAUCCAAACUCUGGAGGACAGAAGUACACCUGCACAAGCUGAGCUCACCUCUCUCUCCGCCACAUCGCCCAAGGACAAUGAGGACACUCAGGCUGGAGCAGGUCUGGAAGAGGGGGAAGAGAGGGACACGGGAGGUAAAGAGAAGGAGGAGGAAAGAGAUGAAGAAUUGAGUAGAGAUGCAGAGAAGAAAGACAGAGAGAAAGCAGCGUUGGUCAUCCAGACAAACUGGAGGGAGCACAGAAAUAGGGACAUAGUGAUGUUGCAGUCAGCAUUACGAGGCCACCUCCUGAGAGAGUCGCAGCUCAAGGACCUGCUGAAAGACACACAGAAUAAGGCUGUAGAAGCUACAAGCCGCAGUGAUGUUGCAUCCUCCGUAGAGGGAGAGGUGGAUGUGGUUGCCUUGACGAUGAUACAGUCUGCAUUCAGGGGACACCUGGCUCGCUGUAGUCUUGCAAUAGAGAGCUCGGGAUUCUCUGUGCCUUCUCUAAUGGGAAACAAUUUGCCCACGCUGGUACCAAGAAGAGCUCGCUCAGCACACACACCCAGCAGAACGGGUGCUGCAUCCCUCCAUAAAGACGAUGAAAAGCAGGGUGAGGAAGAAGAUCCUGGAUCCUGGAACUCCUCCAGGAUGACACCCACAACAGACCAAACCGAGCUUCAUUGCACAGCCGAGUCUGGUGGAGCGGCUGCAAUUG